UGAGGACCUUAAAGCCUUGGGACUCCUCGUUAGAAGCACAGAGUGAUACUGAGAGAGCAGAGAGCAGGGUGACAGUUUCACAGGAGAACUUAUCAAGUAAGCUGUGUGUGCUCACCCUUCCUUGACUUGUCACUUGAGGCUGUGCAUACACACACAUACACACGCACAGACGCACACACACAGACACAAACACACACACACUGCUACAGGCGCAUGCACACACUGACCGAGAAGUGCAUCUGUGUGCUUGUAAGGCUGACUCUCCAGCAGCGGAGCAGGAAUUAAAAACUUUUUGGAUUACAACGGGUGCACUUGAUAUACUUUUUGGACAUCUUGGAUACAAUCUUCCUGAGUUGUUGAUCUGAGCUCAGAAAAAAAAAAAAGGUAUGGCAGAGGGACAAAAGAGCUCCAGGUGGGCAUUAACCCAGCGCUCCUUCCACAUGCCACUGGGCCUGUGGCUCCUUUCGCUCCUCCACCUCCUCCUCGGCGUGUCGGCCGCAGACGAGUACGACUACUACAGCUGGCAGUCGGACAACUUCCACAACGGCCGCUUCUACACCAAACAGCCCCAGUGCGUGGACAUCCCGGCCGACCUGCGGCUGUGCCACAACGUGGGCUACAAGAAGAUGAGGCUGCCCAACCUGCUGGACCACGAGACCAUGCCUGAGGUGAAGCAGCAGGCGGGCAGCUGGGUGCCACUGCUGGCCAAGCGCUGCCACGCCGACACCCAGGUCUUCCUGUGCUCGCUGUUUGCCCCCGUGUGCCUGGACCGGCCCAUCUACCCGUGCCGAUCGCUGUGCGAGGCCGUUAGGGACAGCUGCGCACCCGUCAUGGAGACCUACGGAUUCCCCUGGCCGGAGAUGCUGACGUGCGAUAAGUUCCCCAUUGACAACGACUUGUGCAUCCCCAUGCAGUUCACCGCCAACCAUGCCACCCAGCCGCCAGUGUCAAAGGUGUGUCCCCCGUGUGACAACGAGCUGAAGGCAGACAACAUCAUGGAGCACUAUUGUGCCAGCGACUUUGUUCUUAAGAUGAAAAUCAAGGAGGUGAAAAAGGAGAAAGGCGACAAGAAGCUGAUCGCGGCCCAGAAGAAGAAGAAAGUGCUGAAACAGGGCGUGUUACGGAAAAAGGACCUGAAGAAACUGGUUUUGUACAUCAAGAAUGGGGCCAACUGCCCGUGCUCGCAGCUCGACGUCCUGGGUUCCAACUUCCUCAUCAUGGGCCGCAAAGUGGACCAGCAACUGCUGCUCAUGUCCAUCCACAAAUGGGACAAGAAGAGCAAAGAGCUCAAGUUUGCCAUCAAGUACAUGAAGUCCCAUCAGUGUCCAACCUACCACACUGUCUUCCAGUGAUGCAAGUCGCUGCCCCGCCUGCAGAAUCCAUCACGACUGCACAUGCUCAUGAUUUACUUUUCCAUAAACCACCCUUGAUUCCACAAUCCCCCUAAUCGGAGUCCAAAGACUGUUGGGUAAACUUUUAUUUUGACACAUUUAACAUUAAAUGGGAAUGGGGUUACUUUUUUUUUGUGUGCGUGUGUGUGUGUGUGUGUGUGUGUGUGUGUGCGUGUGUGUGUGUGUGUGUGUGUGUGUGUGUGUGUGUGUGUGUGUGUGUGUGUGUGUCAAGGAAUAUAGGAGGCUGUUCUCGUGACAAUUUAUUAGGAUUUUGCACAAAAAGUGAUACACUGUAAUUGGUGGAAGACUGAUUUAAUUUAGACUGAUUGAAAUAACUUCAUUUUUAUAUUCAGGCAUUUUAUAUGAACAGACCAAGACCGAAACUCUCUAAAAAAGGGCGCGUAUGUUUCAACAUAGUUCACAACUCAAAAGCGAACAUCAACCGCAACUUUUGAAAACUAACCUGACCCGAACCUCACAAAUCGCAACCUUCACGCAAACGCUGACCCAAAACC